CGUGACGUUGGACGGUGUAUAACUGAGAGCACUAGUUAUAAGAAAACCAUGUGGGAGAGAAUAGAAACGGAACUCGAGGAAAUAAAUGUAGAGGAUCUUGGUUUCGAUCAUCCGAUUUGUUCAGGUGUUCUAGAUAUCAAGUCAGAACCCUUUACAAAUAUGCCUGGGUCGGUUUGUGAUAUUUUUAAGGAACCAUUUCAAAAAUAUAAGUUAGAACAGAAUCAUGAUGUAAUGGAAGCUUGCAAAGAAUUUAUCCAAAACGAGGAAUCGAAAAUUAACGUGGAUGAGGUUUUGG